ACUUUGGAGAGUGGUCGCCAGACUUCAGAUCACACUGCUAACUCUGCUCAACAUCGCAUUCAAUUUAACAGGGGGACUCGCAGCAUUCGAGUUGAUUUAAAAUACGGGGAUCAAACCUACUGAUAUAAAGGGUUCUGAAUCUACACUUCAAAGGGGAUUGAUUGACGGAUGACCAUAAAGCCAUGCACGUGACACUGGUACUUUUCAUCUGUGCCCUAGCCUAUGCCACCGCCCAGGUGCCCGACCAYGCCCACGGCUGUACCCAUGGCAGCUGUUACCCGGCAACAGGAGACCUGUUGGUGGGCCGUGAGAAGAGCCUGAAGGCCUCGUCUACCUGUGGCUCCAGGAAGAAAGAGCCUUACUGUAUCGUCAGUCAUCUACAGGAUGAGAAGAAAUGUUUCCAGUGGUGACUCUCGCGGCCAUAUGACC